AAACGCCUUCACUUACGUGGCUGUCGGCUACUACCCGGCUUAGAAUUAUCAAACGGCCGCUGCUUUUCGGAAAUAACGCGGAAUUAACAACGCAGUCACUGGAAACAGACCAUUCUGCUUUUUAAAAGAGGAAAGAAUAUACACCUAAUUAGCUAGUGAAGGUAUGUGCUGCAUAAGGUAGCUGAACUGAAUGACCAGAAGUGCCCAGGGUGUCACCAUGCUGGAAGAUGGAGAAGCUGGUGAUCAUAUGCUAUCGCUCCGGGCGGAGGUGGAGCGGCUGCAGAUGGAGCUCCAGGAGGCCAGCCAGCAGAACGAGCAGGCCGCCCGCUACGGCUUGGCGAUGCUGGAGGAGAGCGCUGCACUGAAGAGCAAGCACAGUCAGCUGGAGGAGGAGCAUGAGGCACUAAAGCAGGAAGUGCAGCAGCUCCGAGAGGCCCUGGCGGAGUCUGUGAGCAACAUGAAGAGAACGGCUUCCGAUGGAGAGAGUCGAGAGGAGACCCUCCUGCGGGAGUCUGCCAGCAAGGAGGCGGCCAUGGGGACCCGCCUGGAGGAGCUGCAGCUGGAGCUGCGGCAGGCGCGGCUGAGCUUGAGCAAUGUCCAGGCGGAGAGCGAGCGUCUGGGAGGGCUCUGUGGCCAGUUUAAGAGGGAUUGUGAGCAUCUGGAGACAGAGAAGGGACACCUACGGGGGGAACUAAAGGAGUACAAGGUUCGGGAGAUGCAGCACCUCCAGGAUAACAGUGAGCUGGAAGAGGAGAACGUCUCCCUGCAGAAACAGAUCUCCCUACUGAAGGAGAACCAGGUGGAGUUUGAGGCCCUAAAGCUUGAGCUGAUCCAGAAAGAGGAGGAACAUGAGCAGCUAAAAAGGCAACUGGCAGAGGCGGGCCGCCUGAGGGAAAUUGCAGAGCGUCAGCUAGAGGACGCUCUGGAGACCCUUGAAGAUGAAAGGGAGCAGAAGAACAACCUGCGGAAGGAGCUGGCUGCCCUGGCAAUCAAUCCCUUUGAUUCUGUGGGCAAUCUGGAACUUCACCUGGGCCAGCUAGAGGAGAGCACAGAAGAAGCAGGAGACCAGGAUAGUGGCUAUAACAGGUGGCCCCAGAUAGCCUUCAAGGCAAAUGGAGAACAUUGCUGUUCCACCCCCAGGAACAGUGGCGUCUUCCUGCGGGCUCCUGCACCAGGGCUAGUGUCAGACUUGCUCAGUGAGCUACACCUUUCUGACAGUCAGAAGCUGAAACAGCAGCUGACCCAGGUAGAGAAGGAGAAGGGCCUCCUGUCCGGUACAGUUAAGGAGCUGCAGGAGGAGCUGGAAGUUUGCAGGCAAACCCUGGCCGAGGACCAGGAGAAGAUGGCCUCUCUGACCAAACAGUUGGAGGUCCUUCAAGGGUGCCAAGACCACAUGCAUGGAAGCCAAGGGAAUCCUGAAGGUGUGGAAAUGCCUGGUGUUGGGCACCAUGGGGAGGGUGAACUCUGUGAACUGGUGAAUGGUGUAGAACAAGGAACGCUAGCAGCUAGUGAGGAAUCUCGACUGAGGGAGGAGCUAAAGGAGGCAAACGUGCAAUAUGCCAAACUGGAAGGCAGGUACCAGCAAGAGAAGGAGAGAUGGAGGGGUGAAGCCCAAGAGCUGGCAGGGAAGAUACGGCAGUGCAUCCAAUCUAGCCAGCAGGACCAGGAACGCAUCCUAGCAUUGGAAAAGGAAAUUGGGGCCACAAUGAAAGUAGCAUCUGACUCAGAAAGCCAUCUCAGCACUACGCAGGAUGAGCUACUGGUCUUCUCUGAGGAGCUUGCUAACCUCUACCACCAUAUAUGCAUGUGCAGCAACCUCACGCCUGUUCGUGUCACGUUGGACUAUUAUCGGCAUGGUGCACGCGCACAGCACAGCCACCAUGGACCUCUGCGGAAGCGGCGCUCCUCUGAAAUGUUCACAAAAGUGUCUACCACCUGCAGUAUGGACGGCAGGGCUGCCCCCGGGGGCGAUAGUGGGGAUUCUUCACCUGGGAGCCCUGGGGCCAGCAGUUGCCCCGGCUCCCCGACGCUGGACUUCCGGGAUCCCACCAAUGUCCGGAACCUGAUGGCUGUUAUACGGAACCAGAUGAAGCACUUGCAGGUAGCAUUUGAUGCAUGUCGCCGGAGGGGGGCUCUGUCCUCCUCAUCUAACCUGGGUGUGCAUGACACCGAUAUGGACACAGAGACUCUGCUUGAAGAAGUGCUGAAGCUUAAAUCCCUUCUUAGCACCAAGAGGGAGCAGAUUGCUACUCUGAGGACUGUCCUCAAAGGCAACAAACAGACUGCGGAGAUGGCCUUUACGACGCUCAAGACCAAAUAUGACACAGAGAAGAGUGCCGUUUCUGAAACGAUGUUGAAACUAAGAAAUGAACUCAAAGCUCUCAAGGAGGAUGCAGCCACCUUCUCUGCGCUCCGGACCAUGUUCGCCAGUAGGUGUGACCAGUAUGUGACACAGAUCGACGAGAUGCAGAGGCAGCUGGCCAUCGCUGAGGACGAGAAGAAGACCCUGAACUCGCUGCUGCGCAUGGCCAUCCAGCAGAAGCUGGCCCUGACGCAGAGGCUGGAGGGCCUGGGGGCCCCCUGCUGCUCGCACAGUGGCCACAGCAGCCCUCGCCGCUCCCGCUCCAAUCGGCUGGACACCCCUCGGUCUGGCCAGACCUCGAGGAGCCCGUUGGGGUGUCCCAUGCGGCCACCAAGGACCAAUCCCCACUCCAGCCCAGUCAGGAAUGGCAGCAUUUAGUAGAAAAAAAAUCAGGUGCGUGGAGAAAGCCGUUCCUGCCAUCCAUCACGUCUGCUGGAAACAUUCAUUCUGAUGGAUAUCAGGAAACCUUCAAAAAAAUUGUCUUGCAGCACACAGAUCACUACAGCAAGCCAAGGUACUCCACAGGCUUUCGACUGAAGAUGUGUGUUUCCACUUUAAACAACAUGUUAACGGGCAACUUUGAAAAUGAUUUAGCAGAAGCAGUCCCUAACGAUUUCAUGGAGGACACACAGAAUUAUUAAAAUGCCUAAUGUCAUUUAUUUUCACAUUUAUGCUGAUCAUGUAUAGCGUCGCUGUUCAGGACUUUCUGUAAUCAAAGUGCUUAACCACGUCUUUGUGUAGACAGUACUAAAUAAUCCUGAACCAUCUUUUUGUUUCUAUUAUGCUUUCCCUACUACAUGAAAACCAAACGUCCUUGGAACAGUUCUGUUUCUCUGCUGCUUUGCACUGUUUUUCGUGGGUGGGCAGCAGUUGGAAUACUUGUUCAGAACAAAGAAUACAUUUCAUAGAAUAAAACUGUAUAAACUAGUAACAUAGAAAUUUCCCAUUUCUGCUGCACUUUUAUUCUGUGUCUGUGUGUGUGUGUGUGUGUGUGUGUGUGUGUGUGUGUGUGUGUGUGUGUGUGCGUGCCUGCAUGAUAAUCCUGUGUGCCUGGGCAAGCUUGACAGCUAGCUCGACUACAACCAGUUUUUUUUUGUUUUUGAAGGAGUUCCCUGUGCGAUUUAUACUUUGCACAGGUUAGUGCAAAUGCAAGGUCUGACUUGUUCUUCCUGAAGGCGGUGUGCUGUAGUGUUAAGGAUAUUCCUGCUAUGAAGCGUGAAGUGAGACCAGUGACGGGGGGGAAAUGCUGUUUAUCGGGGAUUUUUCAUUUGAGAAAGUGCCUUUAUUCUCAGUUAUUAAACUUGCCUAUCGCAACAAACAUUCUUAAAGCAAACAUCUGAACCAGUUGUGUAGGGUGUGUGCGUGUGUGCGUGCACACGCAUGUCUCCAUAUAUUAAGUAUAUACUGACUGUUAAGUCUGACAAAAUUAAGACUUAAGGCAUUUAAACAAUGUGCCUUGGUGCAAUUGCAUUUUGUGUUACCUUUCUGUAUUUGAGAUUGAAGAUGGUCUGUUUUAUCAACUGAAAAUGCACAAUGAACAUUUUAGAAAUAUGGGUGGGGGAUGUUAUGUUACAGCAAAGUUUGUAUUUGUUUUCUCUGUCCACCAAAAAAAAAGAGCUGUAAAGAAUUUGUGUCUUUUUCUAUUUGAUAUGAAGUGUUUUAUACAGGAAUGAUUUAUGUUUAACUGUCCGUUUAGUUUAUGUAUGUUAUAUAAUAAAUCCCAACAUAAGAAAA